AUGCACUUCAAUUCGCACUUUGCCCUGGUGGCAUCACUCGUCAGCUCAGCUUUGGCAUCGCCGGUCGAUGUCAGUAGUAAGAGGACUGUCUCCAUUGCAGACAUCAAGGGCAAGAAGACUUUCACUGUCCAGCAGGUCCUGGCGAAGAAGCAAGAGAUGUUGGCUCCUGCAUUGUCGAUGUUGAGCACAUAUGCCAAAUUCUCUGCCACGCCUCCAACUCAACUGAAAGCCGCCGGUGCCGCAAUUCAGGCAGGAACUGUGCAAGCAACUCCACAGAAUUAUGACAUGUCCUACCUUUGCCCAGUCUCUGUUGGCGGACAGACGUUGAACUUGAACUUUGACAGCGGCAGCGCAGAUCUAUGGGUGUAUUCCGCGUUACAGCCCAGUUCCCAGCAAAGUGGACACUCGAUCUACGAUCCCAGUCUGAGUUCGACAUCACAGCUGUUGGUCGGAAACACCUGGUCGAUCAAGUACGGUGACGGCUCUACCGCAAGUGGCAAGGUCUAUGCAGACAAGGUCAUCGUCGGCAGUGUGACGGCGACAUCCCAAGCCGUCGAAGCGGCCACUUCGGUGUCACAAUCAUUCCUGAAUGAUAAGAACAACGAUGGUCUCGUUGGCUUGUCGUUCAGCAAUAUCAACACUGUCUCGCCUAAUCAGCAAAAGACCUUCUUUGACACAGUCAAGAGUUCGCUCGCAUUGCCUCUCUGGACUGCCAACCUCAAANAGGGAGCUCCUGGUACCUACGACUUUGGUUACAUUGACUCGUCAAAGUACUCGGGCAAGAUUACCUACGUCAACGUGAACAGUGCCAGCGGGUUCUGGCAGUUCACAGCCGACGGAUAUCAGAUUGGAUCUUCAUCGACAGUCAGCUCUUCGUUUGUUGCUAUUGCCGACACUGGUACCUCACUCAUGUAUCUUCCCUCGAGCUUUGUUACUGCAUACUGGGGCCAGGUCACGGGAGCCGGAUAUGAUAGCAACCAAGGUGGCUACACGUUCCCUUGCAGUUCUGCAUUGCCUGAUUUCAACUUGGUCGUUGGAGGCAACAAAUUCACAGUGCCCGGCAGCUACAUGAACUACGCACAGAUUUCGUACACGACGUGCUUUGGUGGUAUGCAGCAGAACACGGGACUUAGUUUUAGUAUUCUGGGAGACAUUUUCUUGAAGUCGCAGUUCAUGGUCUUCUCGGAGGUUGGAGGGCAGGCCACACUUGGGUUUGCUGCAAUGUACAAUGGCACUGCAGGCGAAGGGGAUGGCGACGAGUGGGACUGCGAGGACUAG